AACUCUACACUGACACUGAGGAGCAAUUGGCGGCCAGGUAGACGUUACCAACACAUACACACACACAGAGAACUUAACCCACUCAAGUUUAACGGGAAGAACGAGAGAAAAGGCGGAGGUGAAGGCACCCUUUCUGGACAGCUCACCCGGGCCACCUGGAUAGCUAACACACCUGUGUGCGCUUCACUGGAGAAUGUAGCUGCAGUCCUCCAGCCAAGCCACAGGAAACACCAUCAACAUGGGAGAAGCUCAAAAGGGCUUACUCUCUGUCAUAGAGAAGCUGAAGGGAUCCACAGAGCAGGAGGUCAGGAUAGUACUCCUGGGCCUGGACAACGCCGGAAAGACCACCCUGCUGAAAAGCCUCGCCUCUGAAGAUGUCAACACUAUCACUCCGACGCAGGGCUUUAAUAUAAAGAGUGUAGCCUCUCAUGGUAUGAAACUCAACGUUUGGGACAUUGGAGGACAGAGGAAGAUCAGACCCUUCUGGAAAAAGUACCUGGAGCACACUGACCUGCUGAUUUACGUUAUUGACAGCGCAGACAAGAAGCGGUUUGAGGAGACGGGACUGGAGCUGUCUGAGCUGAUCGACGAGGAGAAUUUAAAGGGCGUUCCCGUGCUCAUCUUCGCCAACAAGCAGGAUCUGGCCACGGCGUCGCCCGCCAGCGAGAUCGCUGAAGGGCUCAACUUGCAUACGUACAGAGACCGCGAGUGGCAGAUUCAGGCCUGCUCAGCCGUGUCCGGGGAGGGCGUCCAGGAUGGCAUGAACUGGAUUUGCAACAACAUCGUGAACAGAAAGAAGUGAACGGGCGUCCCAGACGACGGAGUCAAACUGAAAGUGAAAACUGGCACCACAUGAGGAUUGAGAAAAAAAAGAAAAGAAAGAAAAAUUCAUUUAAUCAGCCGACCUGACAGAUUCAGCUCCCCUCACCGAUUUGGUUUUUGCAAUUUGCGCCUUUUUGACGAACAUUUUUUCAAAUGUAGCUAAUGUAAAGAAGCAUUUUAGCUACGAUAAGUAAAGUAGGUAUUUAUUAAUUAUUGUCCUGUCCCCAAAAAUAAAUGUGUGUUGUGGUUCAUUUUCCUCCCAAGAGUCUUCGUCUGGUGAAUCUUUGUGAUUUCUGAAACACGGAGGAAAAUAAUAAUAAU